AUGGCCUCAAUAGCAGAAGCGUAUUCGCGCUUCUCAGCUUCCAGGCGGCCGAGCGAAGGAUCAACAACAUCGGCGCGCAGCGCAACCACCCAGCCAAACAAUGUCGACCCGGGCCGCCAAGACCCAGACGACCAAUUCGCCGCCCAGUGGCUCGCGCAGCAGCAACAACAACAACAGCAGCAGCAGCAGCAACAACAGAACAGCCAGCUCAGGCAGAUCGCACCUGCGCCGCGGCCUCCCUCUCCCGAGUAUGUACUGGCCGCCAGCUCUCUUCCGGUCCAGCCCGCCCGCGAUUACUCGGUAGAGCCUGCGAUGCACAAUGGCAUGGGCUCUCAAUUUCGCUUCCAGCCUCAACCCCAAAUGGUCCGACAGUCCCUCCCCGUCGACACGUUCAUGCCCGGCAACGGUCACCCCGGCCACCCCGGCCUCGCGAACCAGAUGAUGGAUCGCAACGACAGCCCAGCCCCAGACUCGGGACUCGAGAUGGGCACUGCACCCAACAGGGCGAGGUCAAACACGAACAACGACCAGGAGAUGCGCGAGCUGUUCACAAGGAAUAGCCACCGGUCGUUGCAGGAUGUGGCCACGGAGCUGCAUGGAAACGAGCGCGGCCCAAGCAGCGAGCGAAGCCGACAACUGUUCGCCAUGCUCUGGAUCAAGUCAUCCUGUCGAAAAGGCAAGACCUCGGUGCCUCGCAGUCGCGUGUAUGCUAGUUAUGUCAAGCGAUGCGCGCAUGAGAAGAUCGCUGUCCUCAACCCUGCCAGCUUCGGCAAACUUGUUAGAGUAUUGUAUCCGGGACUCAGGACGCGGCGUCUUGGGGUGCGCGGGGAGUCCAAGUAUCACUAUGUUGAUUUCGAGUUGAUCGAUGAAGACAUCGAUCUUGACGAAAUGCCGAGCCAGGCACCCGCUUCGGUCACAUCAGGGCCAAGUUUUGCUGAGAGCAUGAGGAUGAACAACACGACGCGGCCCUCAACAGCUGUAGAAGUCGAAAAGCCCUCACUCUCUCCGGUUGAGGACGGCCCUGUCGACAGUCUCAAGAUCGAAGCUCCUAGAGGCGGCGGGUCCCAUGAGCACAAGCAUGCUAUAUAUAACCACCCACAGGUCCAGACAACGGCGGAGCUGGGCGGAACCGGAAGCAGAACCUCCAAGCUCCUCUCCCUGCGGCUAGAAGACACAUCCCAAACACCAACACGUCUGACCCUGCCCGCGAUUGAGCCAUACCUUCCUCAAGGCACCGACAUCGACGCUGCGAAAUCCCUGGAAGCGCUCUAUUUGUCACAUUGCACUUCUCUGAUUGAGUGCAUACGGUUUUGCAAGGAGAAGAAUUUCUUCCACCUCUUCACCGCGUUCCAUGGAACGUUGACGGUGCCGGUGCAGAAGCUGCUGGCUAAUCCCGCCCUGGAGACAUGGAUUGAGCAGUGCGAUCUUCGCAUGUACCAAAACAUGAUGCAGAUAGUUUCUGUCGUGGCCCUUCAGGUCAUCCCACCGUACGGCCUGCAGAGUCUGCGAAACAUCUCGGAGAAGCUGGUGUCUCACAUUCGGCGAUCCUUCGAGGGCCAGCCCUACCAUAUCUUCAGGGCCAAGGAGGCGCCCGCCGCUCUUUUUGCUGAUCUGCUGGACCGGGCGUUGAGGGUCAACACGACUGCUCACGCCACCGCCAACUUCCUGCACAACCACGCAAACCGCACACAGAUGUAUCUCGACUUUAUUACAUUUGUCCGACCUAGGAAGAUCGCACAAUGCGUGCCCGUGGAAGGCAUGGAGGAUGUUGUGCAGUUACUUGUCUCGGACAUCAGGCAGUUGCUCGACCCCAGGGAUGUCCCGUUGGAACUCGAGCAAUGCACCGUGCAAGGAGACUAUCACCGCCAGAACCCGAAGCCCGAGGAACCCGAGAGCCAGGACUGGACAAAUUCCGCAAACAUCCUCGACCGCUGGGUGGACUUCCUCCGGACCCUUUCAAGUCGAUUCCCAUAUGCCUCGGCUGCGGAUAUCGUGCUUUUUGUCCAGACCAUCGGCACGACCAUGGUGCGAGACCUGACAAUCAGCAGCGCCGACAGCUUUGGGGCGUGGUGGUGCCUGAAGUGCUUCCUGGACGAGAUGGUUUGGUUCCUGGCCGAAAAGGGCGGGUUCAUGAAGCAAAACAGCACGCGGGCCGUCGGACCAACGAAGAGGAAGCAGGAUGAGGAGCCCGCCGGGGGCGAGAAGCGCAAGAGCAUGCGGUACAGCACCGGCAGCGCCAGUGAUGACCCGAUACUGGCGCUGAUGGAGAGCGCGCAACCAGUCUUGGGUGGCGGCGGCCCAAACGGUGACCACCAGGCUGUCCUCGACAUGAGCGCGGCCAAUUACGAUGAUAGCGGCAUCUCAUUGCGGAUGUCGGGCGAGGACUCGCCCAUGAGCAAGUUCACCUCUCACUUGGACAGCCAGAGGCUGCACGACGGGAUCCAGAACACUACGAACGGCCUGAGUUGA